AUGGAUUCCCCUAAUCUCUCUCUCCUUUUAUUUUUACGGAUAAGCACCUUUUCCUGUUCCCUCCAUCAGUCCAUACCGUUACAAAACCCCUACCUAAUAAAAUCUUUCUCCUCCUCCUUCUUCUUCUCCUUUUCUUUCUUCCGAAUGAUGAAAAUGAAAGAGAUGAACAACAACAACAGCAACAACGACAGCGACAACACCUCUUCGCUGUAUUACGAACAGUGUUUCCAUCGAUUGAAUCACAUGCCGUGGUUAUACGACAUCGAGAAACACAAAAUGUUUGCAAAAGAGAGACAGAAACAGUGGCAAGAGAAACUGAUGCAAAUGGAAACCAUAGAAAUCAAAGGAGAAGACACGUACAUCUCGGACGAGAACGUCCACAUCUUCGCGGAACGAGGAAGAAAAGUAGUCAUUGAGAAUAACUGUCGAAUAGCGAGCGGAUGUUUCAUUCACGGUCCUUGUGUUCUGGAAGAAAACGUGGGUUUGAACCAAUCGGUUCACAUGGACGGUGGUAGCGGCAAAGGCAUUCACAUCGGAUGCGAUACGAGAAUAGGCCCAUCGACUUCUAUUUUCGCGUUUAACCAUAGCUUUGACGAUUUAACGACACCUGUCCGGCUACAAAAAGUUAAAUCAAAGGGAGUAACCAUAGGGAGGGACGUUUGGAUUGGCGCGAAUGUUUCAAUCGUCGACGGCGUUACGAUUGGUUCCCACGCUGUCGUAGGUAUCGCGUCCGUAGUUACGAAAGAUAUUCCGGAAUACGAAAUAUGGGCGGGCAAUCCAGCAAAGAAAAUAGGAAAAAGAGGUGAUUAA